AUAAAAGCCAAUGGAAAAAGACUUUAGAAGAACCCAGGCAGAAUUGAUCCAAUUAGAUGCGAAGCUUUUACAAGAAACUCUUUCCCAGUACAGAGAGACAUGGUAUUUAUCUGGCUGUCUGAUUUUUACUCCCAAAUAUCAAGAAUUGAUUCGUUGAAAGAAGAUGGCCGGCUUAAGCCACAAAAGAGUCUUCUCUUACGCUACCUUUGAAAUUUAUCCCAAAAGUAUUAAAGCCAUUGAGAAGUUAAUGAAUGAGUCUUCAAAUAUUAAAUAUAGAACUUGUCAAAUAAGAGGAAACUGAAAGGCUUUAAACAGCCAAAAGAAGUUGUUUCCUGCUCUGAACAAAUUCUUAUUGAAAGUAGCCAAUCAAAUCAAUCUUUCAAGAUUGAGUAUUAAUCAGAAGCAGCUGAAAAGGGUUUUAUCAGCUGUCAGAGGUAUUUCAGAAGUUGAUUUUGAUGACUGAACAAUUGCACUUUCAAGCACUCCUGACUUUACCAAAUGCCUCCCAUCUACAAAGAUACAAGAACUCAGGUUUAUACAUUGAGGAUCAAUUGCUAAGAGAGGAUGGAAAGAGCACCCAGAACAGUUCGAGUAUCUUAUGGGCGGCCUCUCAACUUCUGGCCUCAAGAAUAGCUUACAAACAUUUACGAUAUUGAGGUCAUAUCUGACCAAAGAAUAUUUGAUGAGAGUCGUUAGCAAGUACGAAUUUGAUCUCGUAAAGUUUACUGGAGACAUUUAUAUUUCUCCUUCCGAUAACGACACCUGAGGAUUGUUCUCACAAGAUGAUGAUUACUAAUCCAGCUUUAUAAAGUUCA